CAUUUACAACCGCUGGAUUUUUCCCCCCUUCCCCUCCCCGUCGCCGCCGACCUGCCUCACCCGUCGCCGGAGGCCAAUCCCUAGCCCCCCAGCGCGACCCGAUCGCCUCGCUCCCCCGGCGAGCCGAUGGGUCUGCGCCGCUGAAGCAUGCCAGCGCGCCGGGGCCGUGGAAAGCGGAAGCAGCAGCAGCAACCGCCGCCGCAGCCGUCGCCGAGCCCGGAGGAAGCGCCGCGGGACGUGGGGCAGCCGGAGCGGAAGCAGCGCGAGGGGAUGGAAGGGUCCGACAAGGGGGGCGCCGGCGACGACGGGAGCCCCGCGCCGCUCCCGGAGACGAUACAAAUUGGAAAUUCACCGACCUAUAAGCUUGAUAGGAAACUUGGAAAGGGAGGAUUUGGACAAGUAUAUGUUGGCCGACGUAUUUCCUCUCCUACUCAUGGCAACAGGAACUCUGGUGCAAAUGCUUUAGAGGUUGCACUAAAAUUUGAACAUCGAACCAGCAAAGGCUGUAGCUAUGGAGCUCCCUACGAGUGGCAAGUCUACAACACUCUUAGUGGAAAUCAUGGUGUCCCACGGGUACACUACAAAGGAAAGCAGGGCGGGUUUUACAUCAUGGUUAUGGAUAUGUUGGGACCAAGCCUUUGGGAUGUUUGGAAUAACAAUUCCCACUCGAUGUCUGUUGAGAUGGUUGCUUGUAUAGGUAUAGAGGCCAUCUCCAUACUAGAAAAGAUGCAUGCUAAAGGAUACGUCCAUGGUGAUGUGAAACCUGAGAACUUUUUGCUUGGUCCUCCAGAUACUCCUGAAGGGAAGAAACUUUUUCUUGUUGAUCUUGGGCUGGCUACUAAGUGGAGAGAUGCUGGUACAGGAAAGCAUGUUGAAUAUGACCAGAGACCUGAUAUCUUUAGGGGUACUGUUCGCUAUGCUAGCGUGCAUGCCCACUUGGGAAGAACCGGAUGCAGGAGAGAUGACCUUGAAUCCCUUGCAUACACACUUAUUUUUCUUCUGCGUGGCCGCUUGCCUUGGCAAGGAUUUCAGGGAGAGAAUAAAGGUUUUCUUGUCUGCAAGAAAAAGAUGGCAACAUCUCCAGAAUCUUUAUGUGGCAUUGGUCCACCGCCUUUCCGACAAUUUGUUGAGUAUGUUGUGAACUUGAAGUUUGAUGAAGAGCCAAACUAUGCAAAAUGCAUCUCUCUUUUUGAUGGCAUUGUUGGUCCAAAUCCAGAUAUCAGACCAUUAAACACUGAUGGUGCCCAGAAGCUUGUAUAUCAGGUUGGUCAGAAGAGAGGCCGCCUCACAGUGGCCGAAGAUGAUGAGCAACCUAAGAAAAAGAUUAGAAUGGGAAUGCCAGCGACCCAGUGGAUUAGUGUGUAUAAUGCCCGUCGACCUAUGAAGCAGAGAUACCACUACAAUGUAUCAGAUGAUAGGUUAGCACCACAUAUUCAAAAAGGAAAUGAAGAUGGUUUGUUUAUAAGUUCAGUUUCAUCUUGUUCAAAUCUGUGGGCUUUAAUUAUGGAUGCUGGCACGGGUUUUACCUCUCAAGUACAUGAACUUUCCCAUUACUUUCUUCACAAGGAAUGGAUAAUGGAGCAGUGGGAGAGAAAUUACUAUAUUACUGCUUUGGCUGGUGCAAAUAAUGGAAGCUCGGUGGUGAUCAUGUCGACAGGAACACCAUAUGCACAGCAAUCAUACAAAGUAAGUGAUUCAUUUCCCUUCAAAUGGAUAAACAAAAAGUGGAAGGAGGGAUUCUAUGUUACUGCCUUGGCCACAGCAGGAAGUCGCUGGGCUGUGGUCAUGUCCCGAAAUGCUGGUUUUACACAUCAGGUAGUGGAACUUGAUUUCUUGUAUCCGAGCGAGGGAAUCCACCAACGCUGGGAUAGCGGUUAUCGCAUAACCGCAACGGCAGCCACAUGUGACCAGGUGGCUUUGAUCCUGAGCAUACCUAGAAGAAAGCCUAACGACGAAACACAGGAGACCCUGAGAACAUCUGCUUUUCCUGGCCAGCAUGUAAAGGAAAAAUGGUCAAAAAAUCUUUAUUUAGGCUCCAUUUGCUAUGGAAGAUCAGUGUCGUGAAGUCCAUUUCCCGAGCUGGUUCUUUGUAAGAUUAAGACAUUAUAAUAUGAACCACCGGUUUUGUGAUAAGAUAAUGGGGGGAUUUUGAAGUGCAAACUCUUAACUUACUCGUAGCCUUGAAAAAGUAUAACUACCCUAGCUAACCAAAAGGUAACGUAUGAUGAAAGACUUUCUUCGUUUUUGUGGAAUGAGUAAAGAAUCAUUUCCUCUAUC